GGUCAAUGAUUGAAAUGUCUAUCCGACUUCAUGUUCUGCUAGCUGUACAUAGUUUCAAUGGAAGCACAGAAAGCUCAACUUUUAAAUGCCCGAAACAGGUUCGAUAGAAGAAAUUCCGAAGAAUGAUCCGGGUUUCUAUCUCCUUACUCGAAAGCGCGUUAAAAAUUUGGUUAUUUCCUUCCAUAUUUUCAGGAGGAGUCUGCUAGUAUUAGAUGUUUGUUAUCCUGCUUGAGUAGUUGGAAAAUUGUUUUUCCCGGCACGGUUCAAGACUUGUUAUGUUCAGUACCAUAAUGUUUUGAGAUCAAAUGUUUUUUGAGGAAAGAAGACGGGAAACUACUAAGAAUUGGAAACUAAACUCAGUACAGUUGUGCUCCAAGUUCCGGAUCAAAACAAAAACAGCUUCUGAGGUGGGCCCAUUUCUGCCAUGGCCAAGAAUUAGCCCCCCAGUCCCCACCACCACCACCUCCACCACCACCACCACCAUCACCACCACCACCUCAACACACUCUCACAACAGCAGAGACCAAAAGCCAUCAUUGCCCAUCAAGAAAUUCCCAUUCCCUCUUCCCACCAGCACUUUGCAGCCUUUUCUGUGCCUGUACCUGUCUUGGUGGCUCCUGUCUUUGUUCUCACCUGCUCUGUCUCUGCCGAACCCGAAACCUCUCCAGGGGAGAAAAACUAGGCAGACAAAAGCUACGAUUUUUGUGAGGGUGAUGGCAAGAGGUUGGUGACUUGGGAUUGACCUCUGGCCUGCUUGCUAUAAUGGGCAACUGCUUCUGCAGAUGGGAGUCUUCAAUCUACAGAGUUUCCUCCAACGCUAAGUCAGAAUCUCCCAAAUACGAAAGCCCAUCGUCUAAAUUACGGAAGGACGACAGUAAGUUACCAUCGAAUCCCGAGGAAGUAGAAGACUUGCGUCGCGAUUCAGCUGCCAACCCACUGGUUGCGUUCACCUAUAAUGAACUGAAGAUCAUCACAGCCAAUUUCAGGCAAGACCGGGUUCUGGGCGGAGGGGGAUUCGGGAGCGUGUACAAAGGGUUUGUCACUGAGGAUCUAAGGGAGGGGUUUCAGCCCCUUCAAGUGGCUGUUAAGGUCCAUGAUGGCGAUAAUAGUUAUCAAGGUCACCGCGAAUGGCUGGCAGAGGUCAUAUUCUUAGGACAACUCUCUCAUCCAAAUCUCGUGAAGUUGAUUGGGUACUGCUGUGAAGAUGAACACCGUGUUCUAAUUUACGAGUACAUGGCUCGGGGUAGUGUGGAACAUAACCUAUUCUCCAGAGUGCUGCUUCCUCUUCCAUGGUCGAUCAGAAUGAAAAUAGCAUUCGGAGCUGCCAAGGGACUUGCCUUCCUCCAUGAAGCCGCAAAACCAGUCAUCUAUCGGGAUUUCAAGACUUCCAAUAUACUGUUAGACUUGGACUACAAUGCCAAGCUCUCAGACUUUGGUCUCGCAAAAGAUGGGCCCGAGGGAGACAAGUCGCAUGUUUCCACUCGAAUAAUGGGAACAUAUGGAUACGCUGCUCCUGAAUAUAUCAUGACAGGGCAUCUGACUCCGAGGAGCGACGUCUACAGCUUCGGGGUUGUCCUUCUGGAGCUCCUCACAGGGAGGAAAUCACUGGACAAGUCGAGGCCCGCAAGGGAGCAGAACCUCACGGACUGGGUCCUCCCGCUGCUCAAGGAGAAGAAAAAGAUACUCGACAUUGUGGACCCGAGGCUCCAGGGGGAUUACCCGGUCAAGGGGGUCCAGAAGGCUGCGAUGCUCGCAUACCACUGCCUGAACAGAAACCCGAAGGCGAGACCUCUGAUGAGAGACAUCGUCGACUCAUUGGAGCCACUGCAGGUCCAAGACGAAGACUCGGCCCAGAAGACGACAAUCACCAUGAUCAGCAGCGAGGUUUUAGAGACCGACACGAAAAGAAAAGAUUUACAGUGAGCUUGGCAUGGGUUUGUGCUCUCUUUUAUUCCCUUUUUUUUUCGGUGAUUUUCCGGUUUAUAUGCCAAAUUUCCAAAAUCCUUUAUAACGGUACAUAGGUUUCUUGGGGUGUUUGUAAUUGUCAAGGUAAAAAAGAAUGGUUUUGUUUUUAGGUAACUUCUGAAAAAAAAAAAAAGAUGUUUACAUUUUAGACAGUUUCUUUGAUUGGUUUUCUUUCAGUACUUUACAUACAGCAGAUCAAAGUAUGUACGAGACCUUGUGCCGGCAUACUUCUCGA